AUGCACUGUGCCUCGUUCCUGCCGUGCGGCUUGUCCGUCCCGAGCGCCGGUCCCGUCCGUAACGUGGCGACUCGCCCCUCCAACAACCGACCACGAAAUAGUUCAACUACAUUAUCGACAAUGCAAGGGCUGUCACAGGAGCUUGCGGCAUCGCACCCACCACAGGGACUGGCCGCGGCAACCGGCGACGUCACCUCCACCGUAAUGUCCCGACCCCUCCAGCACAACGGGCAAGCAGCACCGCAGGGGAUACCGAUAACGAUGACCACGACGAGGGACGAUGUCUCUUCCGAAGAAGCGAACCUUACCGGCCCACCACCAUACACACGCGAGUUGACCGAACCGUUCGAGAACGGCUACCACUUCCCACCAAAAUACACCUGGCAAGAGUCGACCAUACAAGGGCUGAAAGCGUUUUGGAAGUUCUUCACCACCCCGAUGGGGUUUUUCAUCACCAUCUACGCCCUCAACGUCGUCGCGUGGGGCGGUAUGAUCUUCCUCCUGCUCUGCAACGCCGCGCCCGCCAUGUGCUACCCGACCUGCGACGACAUCGACUCGCCGCGCCGGAAAUGGGUCGAGUAUACGGCCCAGAUCCUCACGGGGCUAUUCUGCGUCACGGCGUUCGGCCUCGCACCGUGGCGGUUCCGCGACUGGUAUUACCUCCUCCGCUACCGCAUUUUCAAAGACCAGAGCGCCCUUCGUCGGCUGGCUGCCAUCCACAACAGCUGGUUCCGUCUACGUGGCACACAGGCGCUGCCGGUGCACAUUGGGCCGGGGAACCUCAACUCCGGCGUGCCUGAGAACUGCAUUCCCAUCCCCGAGAAGGACAUGCCCAAGCCCCCGCUGACCGGGACGCGGGCGCUUGAUACGAAAAUGUGGAAGCUGGACUUUGUGAUCUGGUCGAUGGUGGGGAAUACCUUUGCGCAGUGCGGUCUCUGUGGUAUUAUGUGGGGUAUGAGCCGGUACGACCGGCCAAGUUGGGCGACGGGGUUUUUGGUGGCUAUUGCCUGCCUAAUUGCCAUGGCUGGGGGGCUUCUCAUCUUUCUUGAGGGCAAGACGGUCAAGAGCAUCGAGGGCGUGCCAUUGACGGAGCAGGACCGGGAACGCCUGGAACGGGACAAGGAGUUGGGGAUCGCGCAUUAUAAUAAUAUCAAGGAUAAGAUGCCGAAAGACAAGAAGAAGAAGAAGUGGGAUAAGGCGGACGUUGGCGGGCAAUAA